UGUCGCUGAUCAGCGCCAGUUAUAGAGCGUAUACACCAAUAGAAAGUAAACAAGAGAAAUGGUGUCCUCAGUAGACCACAUUUUGCCACGGAAUAAGUGAGGCUUGAUUCUCUGUUUUGCGGCUUUGUGCUUACAUACUCGUAUGUCGAUCGAAAAUAGUAGGUGGCCUCGAAUUAGUCUGGAAUGAGAUUCAGGAAAGGUUCUUUAUCCCUCGCCAGCUAAAGGAAGUGCAUCUCUUUCGCUCACAAGGUCACAACGGCGAGCCGGCGAAUUGGCACCGACCUGCAGUCCAGCUGCAUAUGUUAUUGACGUAUAAGGGGGUCUGAAGCUCAGGAAAAGUAGAACAUCAAGGAAACAGAAGCGAGUUUGACCACUUCGUCCACUAGAACCUGAUAAAGCGAACAGUUUUAUGUCAAAUUUAAUACAAACAAGUCUAGAUGUACAAUUUUUAUAGGUACAACAGAUGAAAAACAGAAUGAUGUAAACAUGUCAAAUGGAUAAACAUGUUUGUCCUGCUUCCUUUACUGCAGGGACUGUGUAGGAUAAACAUUAAGAGCCCCAAAAAUGGAAGUUCACUACCUUUAUCUCUUAUCUCAUAAGUCAUGAAUCUAAUAGAUAGCUGACAUUCAUAUCAAAUUUGGAAUUAACAUCUGUUAAAACAACAGAUAUUGAACAGUGUUACACAACCUAAUCAGCCUGUCUCUACAGCCAUUACUAUUUAAUUGAUUUGGUGAGAGCUGCAGAGGGUACAGGAUUUGGAAACAACAAUGAAGCCCAGAAGUCGUCAAAUUAGAGUUAACAGUAAAAGAAGGAAGACUGAGAAUUCUGUACACAGAGACAGUAAUCGUAUCUCUGGAAGGAGAGUUUGUCCCACUAAGAGUAGAACAAGAAAAAUUAAAAAUUCCUUAUGCAGGAACAGUGAUAUUGCUGCUGAAAGAAGAAAAAUAUGCUCCAGUGCUUCAUACUUUGAAAAAAGACAACAGUCUGCUGCAUAUAAUUUUGAGCCCAGCAAUAACACUGGAGGUUCAUGUGUGUCUGCUAAUGUUGUGAAUAGACAUAGAAGUCAGGUCAGUUAUGCAGUCAAUGUGACAGUCAUCAAGAAAUCUGUAGGGGUGGAAAACCUUAGACAGUGUUGUGAAUGUGGGGGAGUGGCUAUGAGUGUGCGUACUCUGAAAAAGUAUCACUUGACAAUGAAGCCGCUAUGUUUAGUUUGUUGGAAGACAGAAUCUAAAUUAAGACUCAGAUCAUCCAUGAACAAAGAGUGUUUUGUCAGACUGACAGAUGUGAUGAAGACUGAGAACUUCCAGAAACUUAUCAGCCACAAUAAGGAAGUAUUUGAACACAGAGUCAAAAGGAAGCAUACAAAUGGCACUGAACUAUGUCCACCACAUAAGUUCAUGCAAAAAAAUGUUGGACAGCCUGAACCCUCAAGAAUUGUUGAGAGACCUAGAAGAGAGUUGAAAACUACCACACAGGAAUGUAAGAAGAGCAUUAGCUAUAUACAAGAAAAUCUGAUUGAUUCGAAGAAUUGUAUGAAGCAAGAUAUUAGAUUAUUACAGUUUAAUCCAGAGGUAAUUAGUUCAAGCAGGAAGUCACUGAACACUAGCAAAACAUUUGCCUAUGCACUGAGACAUGAUAGAAAGCGUAGCCCUGAAGUGCUGGCCUCAGUUUCUAAAACAAGACUGAAACAAACCACAAGAUCAGUGUCAAGUAAACUAAGCGUUACAUAUUUGAAACCAAAACCCAUUGUUCCAUAUACCUGCUCAGUAUGUUUGACCAAAUUUUCACAACUGAAGGAUGGUAAGAUUCAUGACCUAAAGCAUUCUGAUAGGUUUCCUGUACUUGUUUUGAAACGUUGCAAGAUGCCUUUUUCCCAAGUUUCAGCUGAAGCUAGUAAAGCUUGUGGAAGUGAAGCUCAUGAAACUGGCAGUACAGGUGUGAAUACUAGAAGCAAACAUGAUAAAGCUGUACAAGUCAAUUUUGCUAAUGAAAGUGAAGCUCAGCAAACUGGUAGUACAGGUGUGAAUACUAGAAGCAAACAUGAUAAAGCUGUACAAGUCACUUUUUCCGAUGAAAGAGAAAAUCACAGAAGUAGACAAAAUAUUAUAGAUAACAAAUGUGGCCAGGAAGCUGCUACUGCAGGUAUAAGUACUAAGAGAAAAUAUCAGGAAGCAUUACAAAUCAAUUUUCCUGCCAAAAAAUAUCAACAAGGGUUACAGAUAGUUAUACCUCACAAAAAUAAACACAAAGGUAUUAAUGGAGGUCCAGUCAUUGAAAGUGAAUGUGAAGAAGCUGUAGAAUCAGGAAUUAAUGAAAGAGGAGAUAAGGAUACAGAUGAAAGUGCCAAAGAUUUUAAUGGAGACGUAACAGUUGAAAGUUUAUUUCAUGUAAAAACGAGUAAAGUUAAUAAAGAUGAUGAAGUAACCAUUGAAGAAGGUAUUGGAGGUGAAUUUCAUGAAAGCAUACAAGAGAAAGAUGGAGGACAUUCGAGUGAAGUUCAUACAAAUGAAUUUCAGGAAGCUGUUGGAAGUGAAUUUCAUGCCAAUGUACAAGCUGAAGAAGAAGAAGAUCGCAGGAGAAAUUAUGGAAUUGAAGCUGAUAUGAAUGGUGGCAAGGAAGCUGUUAUUGAGGAUGUUCAGGCACAUGUUGCCAGAGAAGAUGAUCAGGGAGGAAGUUACACAGACAGGGCUGAAAUAAAUGAAAAUGUACAAACAGAUGUUGCUGAAGAUCACAAAAGGCAUUAUACAAAUGUGGCUGGCAUCAACAGUGACAAGGAAGACACUGAAAGAGAAUAUCAUGAAGGUGUACCAGCAGAUGUUUCUGAAGAUGAUCAGGGAGGAAGCUGUAAAAGUAGGGCAUGUAUAAAUGAAGGAAAGGUAGCUAUUGAAAAUAUACACCAUGAAGGUGUAGAAAUGGAUGUUGCUGAUGGUGAUGAUGAACAAAUAGAGAAUUAUUUAAGUGAAGGUGAUAAAAAUGAAGGUCUUGAAUCUGUUGAAAGUGAAUAUUAUAUACAUGUACAAGCAAAUGUUGCUGAAGUUCAUGCAAAUGAAUCUCAGGAAGCUGUUGGAAGUGAAUGUCAUGCAAAUGUACAGGCUGAAGAAGAAGAAGAAGAUCGCAGGAGAAAUUAUGGAAUUGAAGCUGAUAUGAAUGGUGGCAAGGAAGCUGUUGUUGAGGAUGUUCAGGCACAUGUUGCCAAAGAAGAUGAUCAGGGAGGAAGUUACACAGACAGGGCUGAAAUAAAUGAAAAUGUACAAACAGAUGUUGCUGAAGAUCACAAAAGGCAUUAUACAAAUGUGACUGGCAUAAACAGUGGCAAGGAAGACACUGAAAGAGAGUAUCAUGAAGGUGUACCAGCGGAUGUUUCUGAAGAUGAUCAGGGAGGAAGCUGUAAAAGUAGGGCAUGUAUAAAUGAAGGAAAGGUAGCUAUUGAAAAUACACAUCAUGAAGGCGUAGAAAUGGAUGUUGCUGAUGGCGAUGAUGAACAAAUAGAGAAUUAUUUAAGUGAAGGUGAUAAAAAUGAAGGUCUUGAAUCUGUUGAAAGUGAAUAUUAUAUACAUGUACAAGCAGAUGUUGCUGAAGAACAUCAGGUAAGAAAUUAUGUAGGUGAAGACAUUAUGAAUGAAGCCAAGGAAGUCGUUGAAAGUGAAUAUUAUAUACAUGUACAAGCAGAUGUUGCUGAAGAACAUCAGGUAAGAAAUUAUGUAGGUGAAGACAUUAUGAAUGAAGCCAAGGAAGUCGUUGAAAGUGAAUAUGAUAUACCAGCAUAUGCUACUGAAGAAGACAAGGAAGGAAAGUAUACAAACAAAGAUGAAAGAAAUGAAGUCCAGAAUUCUGUUGAAAGUGAAUUUUAUGAAGCUGUAUAUGUAGAAUUUGCUGAAGUAGUAGUUCAGGGAGGAAGUUGUACACCUGAAGCUGAUGUAAAUAUAUAGAUCAGGAAUCUGUGAAACUGAAUUUUAUGAAGAUGUACUCUGACAGAAAUGAAGAUCAAGAAGCUGCUAUGAGUGAGUUUCAUAAAGAUAUGCAAGUAGAUGGUGAAGGAUGUGGCAGAGGAAAUUAUACAGAUGAAGACCAGCAAUUUGUUAGUGGAGGUGAAGCUGUUGAAAGCGUAUUUCCCAAAACCAUACAACGAAGUGUUUCCUAUGAAGGAGAAUAUCAAAGAGAAAUGCAAACAUGUGAACUUAAUACAAAUGAAGUUUUGGCAUCUGUCAGCGGUGGUGGAACUGUAAAGAGUAAAUUUAAUAAAUCUGUAGAAACAAAUGUUAAGUUAUGGGGAAUAUUGACGGGUGAAGGUGAUGAAGAUUAAAAUCAGGGAGCCAUAAAUGAAAAUGUUGCUGUUGAAAUUAAUUUUAUGCAAGGCAGAUAGAAGGGAAGAUUAAGAAAAGAAUACCACUCAUAACUGAUAAGAAUAAAAACGUUAAGGGUGUUAAUGGUGGUGUAGCUGAUGGUAUGAGAGGUUAAUGUCAUGAAACUGUAGUAACAGUUGUUGAUGGUGAUAGACAAGGGUAAGGAGUUCACAAGAGAUGGCUCUGAAAUAUGUGACAUCAACUACCAGUAUGUGGAAGUUGUUAUUGAAAGUGAAUUUUAUGAAAAUGUAGAAUCACUUGUUGCUGAAGGAGACUGUCAGGGAAAGAGUACAAAUGAAGGUAAUGUAUAAAAAUGAACAUGAGGAAUGAAAUUUAAGAAACAAGUGACAUGAAUGGAGAUCAUACUUUUGUAACAGUAUCUGUAGAAUGUGUCAGUAAAAAAAUUGAAUCCCCAGUAUAAUAAUAGUUUUUCAGAAAUUAGCAAGUUCUUUAAUAUUGAUAAUUUUAGUAACAAGACACUUGAACGACAAUUUAGGGAUAUCAGUAAUUGUAAUGCUGCCAUUGAAACACUAAGCCCCCUGAUAUGUGAUAAAUGAGAGGGUAUUGUGAUAAUGUUUAAGACAGUGGAUUUCUAUUUUUCAGUUCCCCCAAUAGGCUUUGUAUGGUAACUCAGAAUGUGAUGAAUGUUUAAUGGCUAGUACUAGUCUUUCAGUGAUGCUUUUAUGAAACAGCUUCAGUUCCAGAAUGUGUGAUUGGCACAUGAGAUAAAAGUGGUAAAUAAGAAGCAUGGACCUCCAUAAAUCUUCCAGGUAGAGAAUAAGAUUGAGAAGGAAAUUGAAGCUAUUUAUGUUACAUUAGUGGUAAUAAAAUUUACAGUUGGGUUAUCCCCUUCCAGUCAAGAGUUACAUAGCAAUUAGUCAUAUUUCUUUGAUGCUGUUCAGGAUUUUUUUUGCUAUGUUAAAUGUAUUUAUAUGGUACUGUUACAAUUGGAUACUUUAGAAUUCUAGAAGACUUUGGUUUGUUAUAUGCUGUUUUACUAUGCAGUCUAAGAUGGCCUAAAAUGAAAAGAAUAUGGAAUUAAAUAGUAUGGAGGAGAGAAGGUGUUACCACGUCCAUUGCUUGCAAUGAAGUCUGCUUAAAAGAUUCUGCAUCAAUCCAAAUUAUAAAUUUGAAAUUCUGAACAUUGUAUCUGGUCCUUUCAUCAGUCAAGUCAAAUUUGUCUUCAUUAUAAACAUGGCUGAAUGUAUAAGAAGACUUCAUUGUGUAUAUUGUUUGUGUAAACUUUAGAUUUUGUGUUUAGCUCUUCCACGUUUUCUUUCAUAAUAUAUUCACAAAAUUGCAGGUCUCUAUGCAUAAUUUGCUACCAUCUUUUCUAAGUACAGAACAUCUCUUUUUUAAGCAUCCUCAUUCCACACUACUUGGUGUUUGAAGGUCCCUCUAAUAUCAUCUACAUUUAUUUAAGAAGAAAAAAUGACAUUUUAAUUUAAUAUAGUCACUAUGAUGUACAUAAUUUAUAACAUCUGAAGUCUUCAUAUCAAUGAACAUGAAGAAUUAACAAUCAAGUUCCUU